AUGGCAUCCAAAAAAACGAAGAGCAAGGAUGCAGAGGCACCGGAAGAAACAAGUGACACGGAAGAUCCGGUCAGGGAGAGGAAACUGCACCUGCAGGAGGAGUGCAGGACCCUCACACAACACCUGGACACGUACCUGGGCAGGGCCCAGCAGCUCCUGCACGCCAACAAACGCCUGGAAAAGGAAGCCCAGGGCACCGAGGAGCAGAGCCAGGCCUACCUGUCCCGCGCAGCAAAGCUCAGCCAGGACCCCCCGGGCAUGGUCAUCACCCUGAGCCACCAGAACUGCCGCGACCUGGCCCAAAUCCAGGCGCAGAAGGACGAGCUGGUGCCGCGGUACGCCGGCAAGGAGCAGCAGGUGAGGAGCGCCCUGGAGGACGCGGGGGCCGAGGCGGCGCUCCUGGACACGGAGCUGGCGGAGCUGCAGCCCUACGAGCAGCAGAAGGUGCAGGCGGAGCAGAAGGUGAAGGCGCUGGAGAGGGAGCUGCGGCUCACCAGGAUCCGCUGUGCCGAGCAAAGCCACGGCGCCAGGAGCGGGUUCGUGCGGGACAAGGCGCGCUGCGAGCAGGAGCUGCAGCUCAGGAUGCAGGAGCUCACCUGGGGCGCCGAGGAGGUGGCGCUGCAGGCUCUGAUGCAGCACGUGCAGCAGGUGAAAGCGGAGAACAGGCUCCUGCGCCGGGAGCUGCAGGGCCUCCUGCAGCACUGCCAGCUGCUCAGGGACACCCAAAGGCAGCGGCACGACCAGCACGAGCAGCUGCUGCGGGAGCUCCAGUGCGCCCGGCGGGCAGCGCUGCUCCCCGCGGCACGGCGCCCGCGGCACGGACCACCUGCCCUGCUGGCCCCAAAGCGCCUGGCCGUGCCCGGGAGGAACUGA